CAGACCCAGCUCGGCCGGGUUGCAGCAUGACUCUGUGGAACGGUGUGCUGCCCUUCUACCCUCAGCCCCGGCAUGCCGCCGGCAUCAGCGUCCCGCUACUCAUUGUCAUUCUGGUGUUCUUGGCCUUGGCUGCCAGCUUCCUACUCAUCUUACCCGGGAUUCGUGGCCACUCGCGCUGGUUCUGGUUGGUGAGAGUUCUCCUCAGCCUGUUCAUAGGAGCAGAAAUUGUGGCGGUACACUUCAGCGCAGAAUGGUCAGUGGGCAGAGUUAGCACCAAUACAUCCUACAAGGCCUUCAGUGCGGCACGCGUCCGAGCCCACGUCGGUCUGCACGUGGGCCUGGAGGGCGUUAAUGUUUCACUCACAGGGAACCCGGUGCAGCAGUUGAACGAGACCAUCGACUACAACGAGCAGUUCAUUUGGCGGUUUGGCGAAAACUAUGCUGGGGCGUACACGGAGGCACUGCAGAAGGGGCUGCCGGAUCCAGUUCUCUAUCUGGCGGAGAAGUUCACUCCGAGCAGCCCCUGCGGGGUUUACCGCCAAUACCGCUUGGCGGGACACUACGCCUCGGCCACGCUGUGGGUGGCGUUCUGCUUCUGGCUCCUCUCCAACGUGCUGCUCUCCAUGCCGGUCCCGCACUACGGAGGCCUGGCUCUGCUGAUCACUGGCGCCUUCGCACUCUUCUCCGUCUUCGCCUUCGCCUCCAUCUCCAGCGUGUCUCUCUGCCAGCUCCGCCUUGGCUCGUCCGAGCUCACCACUCACUACGGUGCCGCCUUUUGGAUCACGCUGGCCACGGGCAUCCUGUGCCUCCUCCUCGGAGUGGCGGUGCUGAGUCUCCACUACGCUCGGCCCAGCGCUCUUCGCACCUUCUUGGAUGGAAGCGUCAAGGGCCUCGAAAGUCAGGCGAAAGGGAGCUCUCCUCUCAUCCUCAACAACCCACUGCAUAAGCAGUUCUGGGCCUCAGACUUAACCAUCAGUACUAACCUGUGAAAGGGACUCAACCUCGGACUCCUACUCUGCCUUGGUCCCCCGCAGCCCGGGGAGCAGUGCCCACCGGGCCUGGGGAGCUCCGGGAGGGCACUGCGCUGGGGGCGCGGGGGGAAAAGGCCGGUGGCCUCAGAUGUGCCGCCUGCACCCGGG